AUGGAACAGCCCGGCGAACUUGGCGAGUACGAUAUUGGCGGAGUAGAUGAGAUCAACAUCCCUGAACAUGAUAACUUGACACGCACUGAAGGCCAGAAGCUCCUUCACAUCUGCAUGGAACUUCAGAAGAUGAAAAUGACUCCGAAAGAAUUCAUCACCGCUUUCCUCCAGUCCAACGAUCCGAAGAUUGCUUACCGACAACGAUACUGGCGCACUGAAACGGGCCUGAAGGGAACUAUGGAGGUGGUUCGAGCAAUCAAGAUGGUGACAACCAGUACAACCUUGGGUACUCAUAGCUGGAAAGAAUUCAUCAGCAACGAGGCAAGUUGUAACUAUAUGGUCCUCUUUAUCUACAAUUCUACUUCAUUCAUAUCAUACAUGCUCAGUAACUAA